CGUAACCUAACGUAACGUCCGUUGAUUUAAAAAGGCUGCAGGUACUUGGGUCGUCCCGUCGAAGUUAACAGAGACGAAAAAGAUGAUAGUUAUUUGUAGUUAGACGGUAAAAUAAAUAAAUAAUAAGUGAGGGUUUCUUUUGAUGAAAGAAGAUGGAAUUUGAGACGACGGAGACCGUACGCUCGACACCGAGUCGCCAUGAGAAAAGUUUGGGGCUCCUCACCAUGAAGUUUGUCAGUCUGCUGCAAGAAGCUAAGGAUGGCGUCCUUGAUUUGAAAGUGGCUGCAGACAGCUUGGCAGUGAAGCAGAAGAGGAGGAUAUACGACAUCACCAAUGUACUGGAAGGUGUCGGGCUGAUCGAGAAGAAAAACAAGAAUAUAAUCCAGUGGAGGGGUGAGAACACAGGCAGCCAAACUCAGGAGGUGCUGGAUCAGGUAAAAGUUUUAAAGGCACAAAUCUCUGAGCUAGAAGCCCAAGAGAAAGCGCUGGACAACCAGAAGACCUGGCUGGAGGAGAACAUCAAACGCCUUAAACACGAUCCCAUCACCAGUACCUAUAAGUUUGUGACACAUGAAGACAUCUGCAGUGCUUUCAGUGGAGACACUCUUCUUGCUGUUGUGGCUCCUGCCGGGACUCAGCUGGAGGUGCCUCUACCUGAAAUGGGUCAGAAGAAGUACCAGGUGAAUCUGCGCAGCCACUCGGCUCCUAUCCAAGUCAUGCUGAUCAACAAGGAUUCGGACACCGCGUUACCUGUAGUCUUUCCUGUUCCGCCAUCGGACGACAUCUGUCUGAUGCCAUCGCCACCCAGCACGCCCGCCAGUCUGCAGAGGUUCCCCCUCUCAACGUCUGCAUGCUUCACUUCCAACACCACCUCCUCCUCCUCCGCCUAUUGCAGCCAGGACUCUCUCUGCUCAGACCACCAGAUGGUGCUGCCUGAACAUGAUGAAGCGCUGACACCACUGUCCACCCCUCCUGACGUGCAGAUGGAGUGUCACAUUCAGUCAGUAGCUGCAUCACUGGAGCAGCAGCAGAUAGACCUGGCGGGCCCAGAGUUUCAAUCUGUGUUGGAUGUGAGCACCCUGCUGAGGCUCAGCGCCGCUGGAGACCACAUGAAGGACGACGGAGGGGGAGCUGUCGACCUGAUAGAUGAGCUGAUGUCUACUGAUGGUAUAGACUACAGCUUCAACCUGGACGACAAUGAGGGAGUGAGUGACCUGUUUGACGUUCAGAUCCUCAAUUACUGACGACUGUGACAGCUACAGAUUCUCUAACAUCCAUCCUAAAAAAAAAACAACAACAUGUAAGCGCUGUUCACCAAACACCUUACAGAUUCAGUUUACUACUUGCCAAAAAGCGAAGUGCCUGAAUGAAUUUACCGUAGGGUAUUUACGCAACCAUGAGCCAUUGUGCCUCCAUUAAGACUUAGAUGGUUUACCAGGUAAAUAAAUACAACAUUGCAGAGGGAGGAGCCUUAGUAGAUGUUAGCCGGGACAAAUCUCUCAGCCUCCUGCUGCACUUCUGUAUCUCUCUGUUUUUCCACACCUGGUGGAAAAUCAGCUUUAGUUUGCGUAGAUCAACAACGUUGACUGAGGCGGCGUUUUGCUUUUGUUGAUAUUUACAGUAACUUGUAACAGUUCAGUAUUGGCUCCUUUUUAAAAACUUCAACACACAGUUGAUGAUGGAUGUAGUUCAGGGAACAUAAGGAUCUUCACAUAACCAAUGUAAUAGUUUGAACAGACAUUUAAUAUUUAAGGAAUCUUUCGUCUACAUUUUGUUACUUUGUUCUUGUGAAAAUGCCAGUUUUUGUUUCUAAAUUAUUGUGAUGCUGCCAUUUUAGGCCUCAAAGUUUUUGUUAAGAAUUUUUUCUCUUUCUUAUCCUUAGAGUUAUUUGUAUGAAUAAUUAAUAUUUUCUACUUAAUUUAAGAAAAAGAGGUUCUACUUUGAUGAAGCUGGGGCUAGUUGACUGCCUUAAUUGUAAUUUAAAAGAAGUGAAUUUGCUGUAUUCCUGAUCUAAACUAUCAAACAUUAAGAGCCCUGGGUGGCAUUUUUGUAUAUUUAUAUUUGUUUUAAUUCCAUGUUUUUGUUGCACAUUUUUGAAAGUUUAUUUUUCAAUAAACUCAUGUAAUCUGGAAA